AUGUAUGUGGAGAAGGUGCGUGUUUAUUGCCGGUUUCGUCCAGUGAACGAUGGGGAGCGGUUUGCCGCUUUCUGCGUGGCCUUCGAGGGGGAGAGGCACGUGGUCUGUAAAACAGUAAAGCCUCCGUCCACGGCCCAACAGCAGCUUGCGGCUUCUUCUGGCCUGGCGGCAGAUGACCCCCAUUCUCUGAAUGGGAGUGUGAUUGUUUCAGACGCGUAUACCUUCUCUCGCGUCUACCAGCCUGACACGACGCAGAAGCACUUGUACGACGAUGUCGCUCGCCCCAUCGUCGACGACGUCAUGCACGGGUACAACGGCACCCUGCUAGUUUACGGGCAGACCGGGAGCGGCAAGACGCACACCAUGUUCGGCGUGCAUUCCCCCACAAGUGAGGGAUCCGGGUCGAUGGUGCUCAGCAUGCACAACGACGGCGCCGGCAUCGUGCCGCGUGCGGUGCGGCAACUGUUCCACGCCAUUCACAGUGCAGAGGCGACGGUGGAGUUUGAGAUUCGUCUGCAGUUUCUGGAGAUCUACAUGGAACGUGUGCGGGAUUUGCUUAGUCCCACCGGGAGUAGUCUGCACGUGCGCGAGGACCCGACUGGGUUUUAUGUGGAGAACUGCGAAAUGCCCUACGUGACGAGCACGGAGGAGGUGCUGCAGCUCGUUUGUAGUGGGUUGCGUCGGCGCGUCACCACGGCGACGGCCGUUAAUGACGCCAGUAGCCGCAGUCACUGUGUUGUGAGUAUCACGGUGAAGAGCGUGGACUCCGCCAAGCACGAGGCAACCGUCGGGAAACUCUUUCUCGUGGACCUCGCGGGCUGCGAGAAGGUUUCGAGGACGCUGGCCGACGGCCUCCGGCUGGAGGAGGCAAAGCUGAUCAAUCGCUCCCUCGCCACCCUCGGGCACGUCAUCAUCUGCCUGGCGGAGAAGCACUCGCAUGUGCCGUACCGCGACAGCAAACUCACACGCAUCCUAAAGGACUCCUUAGGCGGGAACUCCCGCACAGCGCUUAUUUUGUGCUGCAGCCCCUCACAACUGACGGCGCAUGACACCCUCUCCACCCUGCGCUUUGGGGCACGGGCGCAGAACGUGUGCAAUCGGGCGGUCGUCAAUCGACAGUUUACGAUGGAGGAACUGAAGGGCAUGUUAGCACUUGCGAAGCUGGAGAUACAAAGGCUGCGGCGUUUGCUUCGUGAACGGAACUGUGGCAGCUCCUCACGAGAAGUAUCCACGGCUCGUACAUGUUCAGAGCCGCGGGUAGGCAGUCACCCCCAACGCAAUGAGGACUCGGUGGACUCUGGUAGCGUGGAUGCCUUGCUGCAGCAAGCCGUCCGUGAGCAACUCUCCCUAGGAGACAUGCGGGCAGAGUUGGAGCGCCUGCGCGACGCGCUGCGCGAUGCGCAGUGCACAACGGAUCUUCUCUACGCGCAGUCCGCGGCCCAAUCUUCGCUGGUGCAGAUUCUGCAACAGGAGUGCGCUGCAUGGGAGGAGGAGUUUGCGCAACUUGCACGGGAGCUGUACGCGCAGCGCCGUUACGCGGAACACUACCGCAUGUUGUUUAAUGAAGCCCGAGAGGAGGCCAAGCUCGUGCCCAUACAGUUGACCUCGUACUUGGAACAGCUGCGCGUCAUCUGUGGAAAGGCGGAAGACCACGCAUUGCUGCCGCGCCGCCACCUUGACCGGGCGUCGGUGGGUCGAGAUUCGCUGCAGAUCACAAACAGGAGUGAAUCACUUCCCACAACCCGCGGCGCGAGCACGGCAAUCGCAGAGGGCGCAGCGAUGGCCAUCAGCCCCACGAGUAGCAGGUGGUGGUCGCGGUCCAGGGAUGCCAACUCGCCGGUUGCCAACCUGCCGCGCUACGAGCGCGCGGACUCAGGGAGGGGCGACAACGUCACCGUCGCCGUCCCCAACACGAUGAGCGACGUUGAGGAUAAUGACUGGGUCGGCUGCCACAACCGCGAGGGGGAGGAACGGCAGGGCACGCUGCUGCACCGUAUGGAGGCUAUCGUGGAGGAGGUGGAGAAGCUGCGGAACCAGAAUGGCGCCCUGAUGCUGGAGCUGCAGCUCGCCGAGAAGAAGUUAGCCUUCCGCCACGGGCGCAUUGAAACCCUCAAGCACGGCUUGCGGCAGGAGGGCGCGGCAAGGGAGGGGCUGCAGAAGGCGCUGGAAAAUGAGCGGGCUAUACACCGAGCCCAGCUUGAGGACGCACGCAACGAUGCCUUUUACUGGCGGCAGCACUACGACUAUCUUCUGAACAACUCUCACCUGCGCGGUGGAAAAUACAACGGAAGGAGCAACACUGGACGCAGGAGCAACACUGGACGCAGGAGCAGCACACCAACGCUCGAGGCCGCGCUAACGUCACGGGGGCAUCGUUCGCCGACGGAUUUACCCGUUGGAACGGGCCACGGCAUCAUUGUGCGGCCGAUUCGUGGUGGAGGGCAUAAAGAGUUGACCUGA